CCCGGUUGUAGUACAGCAUGGCAGUACGGGGUGAUAGGGAAAUUGCACGUGACUAAAUCACCUGACACGGCACCCUUGCCACUUCGAUUCAUCAGUCAGCCUGCCAUCCAUCACAUAAUUCUGAUCCUCCGAAGCCUUACAUCGUCCUAGAAGCCUUGAACCUAGCACUCCUCCUCAUCAAUCAAGGCAACUUCUGGUUUGGAAUCACAAUAGUCUGUUCGAGCAGUGGCAGGUCUGAGCCGCCGUGAUACACUCACUCCCCUUCAAGUUUAUCCCAUUUUCCUACUCUCAGUGUGACCACCUCCACCACCGCAACCAUGCCGCGCGCAGAAGUCGGUUCGACGAAGUACAUCGCCAAUAAGAUGAAGGCCAAAGGCCUGCAACGCUUGCGAUGGUACUGUCAGGCGUGUUCACGGCAAAUGCGAGACGAAAACGGCUUCAAGUGUCACGUCGCUUCAGAGUCGCAUGUGCGCCAGAUGCAACUGAUUGGAGAGGAUCCGCGGAAGGCGAUUAAUGACUUUUCCAAUCAAUUCCUGAAAGAUUUCAUAACAUUACUACGCACGGGGCAUGGGGAGAAGAAGGUCAAUGUAAACCAAUUCUACCAAGAAUACAUUUCGAACAAGGAACAUAUCCACAUGAACGCGACCAAGUGGGCGAGUUUGACAGAGUUUGCCAAAUACCUGGGCAGAGAGGGCAUAUGCCGCGUGUACGAGGACGAGAAGAACGAGAGUAAAACCGGCGCAAGCGGGUUGCUUAUAAGCUGGAUUGACAUCAGCCCGGAGGCUCUCCGGCGGCAAGAAGCACUAAAGAAAAAGGAACGACAAGACCGUGGCGACGAGGAGCGAGAACAGAAGAUGAUACAGGAACAGAUACGGCGGGCGAGGCGGGAAGGUAUGGCUCAUGUCUCAGACGACGAGGAUAUUCCUGAGCAGGGUGGAGACGAUCAGCCAGUGGAGAGCAACGGCGUCAAGCGCAAGGAUGGCGAAAAGAUUGUCCUCAGCUUCGGCGCAAAGAAACAAGCAGUACCUGAUACAGUGAAGCCGCCGACGCCGCCGUCGUCAGAUAACGACUCUAUGCCGGAGAAGGCGGAUAAUGGUGCAACAUCAACUUCGACCGCACAGGCUAGUUCCACCACAGCCAGCCCCAACCCGGAAGCAGCAUCAGAAGCCUCUGAUCAAGCAACCAAGCAACCCCUAUCCCGAGCACCUGUGUCUUUGUCACUGGGUGCGGCUCCAAGUAAGCCCAAGAACGUAUUUGCGGCAGCGGCCAAGAAGAACGCCUUGGGUGGCACGAAGAAACCCAUUCAGAUCAACACUUCCAGGCCUAUGAGCGAGGCUGAACGAAUCAUGAAAGAAGAGCUAGAGCGCAAGCGUCGUCAGGAAGCGAAUGGCUUCAAACCAGGAGGCAAUGUCUUCAAGAAGCAGCGAGUUGCAUAGUAUACCUGCUGGUGGGAAUCUCAGCCGAGGUGGGUAGCGAUAUUGCUUGGUACGAUAAUGAUAUACCCUGUACAUUGUUGCGCUGGCGUUGGGGCGAAGUCCUUUUCGGUGGGAUGAUACGGUGACAGAAUGGCCUCCGGGUUAUGCAAGGCAUUCAAAGAUGAAGUUAUUGCUGGCAGCUAUUGCUCUAAUGACAAUCAGACAAGUAAUACGUUUCUUCCUCG